AUGGGGGAUGGAGGCUAUGUUAUAAAUGCCACUGCUUUAAAAUACUUGGACAUCAACGGGUUUCAUGAUCUUGAGUUUUGUUUGAUUGAGAAAGCACCAGAGCUAGUGGAGGCAAAAUUCUGUCACGUUUCCAAAAUAGUUGAUGAGAACAUCCUAGAAACUCUAACUCCAGCCAAACGUCUUUCAGACUUAUCACCCUUACAUUUUAUCUUUUUGUUUUUCUUAUACAGCAAAACUGGUGGUGAAGGUUUGAGUAAUCGAGAUGUUGUAAAUGAGGACAGGAUCAGUGAGUUGCCUGAAGCUUUGCUUGUGGAUAUAUUGUCUUCACUUCCAACAAAAACUGCCAUAGCCACUAGUGUUUUGUCUAAAAGUUGGAAAUCUGUUUGGAAGUUGUUGCCAAAUCUCAAGUUUGUUUCUGACUAUCACAAUACAUUUUCAGAGGAUGUUUCCAGAACUCUGAUUCUACAUAAAGCUCCGGUUCUAGAGAGUUUGCAUUUAAUGGUUGGAUAUGAAUGUGAUGCUUUGCAGAUGGGAUUAUUGGUAGGAACUGCAUUUGCACGCCAUGUGCGUAAAUUGGUACUGGACUUGUCCUUUCCAUGGAGAGGCUCAUUAAAAUUCCCGGGUGCUUUGUGUAGAUGUAACAAUACACUCGAGAUAUUGGAACUCACGGGUUCAAUUCUUUUAGACCUUUCUUCUCCGGUUUGUUUCAAGUCCCUGAGAAAGAUGUACCUUUCCCAUGUAAGCUUCAAAGACAAAGAAUCUAUUUCCAACCUUUUCUGUGGAUGCCCUUGUCUUGAAGAUUUGGCCGUGUGUAGAUUUAGCAAAGCCGAUGUGGGGGUUUUCACUAUUGCCGUGCCAUCAUUACAGAGACUAAUCUUAGUAGAUAAAUACUAUCCAAAAGCUGCUAAGGGCUAUGUGAUAAAUGCUCCUUCUUUGAACUACUUGUUCAUCAAUAAGUUCGAUGGGCUUGGACUUUGUCUGAUUCAGAAAGCGCCAGAGCUGGUGGAGGCAAAAAUCUAUAGCGUGUAUCGUAUAAAGAAUGAGAACAUAUUGGAAACUCUAACUCCAGCCAAACGUCUUUCUUUAGACUUAUCACCCUUACAUAUUAAGCAUCCUACUGGUAAAAUCUUCUAUCAGCUUCUAUCUUUGGAGCUGCAUACAAAAGAAGACGAGUGGUGGAAUCUUCUUUCACUCAUGCUCGAUAGUUCGCCUAAAUUGCAAAUCCUCAAACUCAUUGACCCAUAUCACUUCCAUAACAAAUAUAGUCUGAUCGGCUUGAAAUGGAAUCGACCAAAGUGUGUACCAGAAUGUUUGUUGUUCCAUCUUGAGACAUUCGUGUGGACAAAUUACGAUUGGCAACGAGAAGAUGAGAGAGAAGUGGCUACAUACAUCCUUAAGAACGCAAGACGGUUGAAGAAAGCUACUCUCUCCACAAAACCAAUCAAAUCUAAAGAGCUCGAGAAGUUGGAAAAGAGAGGUGAGAUGCUCAACCAGUUGGCUACUGAGGCCAGGGCUUCAGAUUCAUGUCACCUCGUUAUCGAAGCUGAAACUUUCUAA